GUAUGGGGCAUGGAAAUGAACAUGGCCAUAGCAAAAUGGAACUCCCCGACUACAGGCAGUGGAAGAUAGAGGGUACGCCACUAGAGAAGGUCCAAGAAAGGCUAGCUAAACGGGGUCUUAGGGAUCCGUGGGCUCGUAAUGAAGCCUGGAGAUAUAUGGGUGGCUUUGCAAAACCUGUCACCUUAACAGAAGUUUUUGCUAGGGGACUCAAGUGGGGAUUUGCAGCUUUCGUCAUAGCUCUUGGCAUUGAAUAUACACUGUUUCCUCCAAAGAAGAAUGGAGGCCAUCACUGAAGAUCAAAUAUGACAACUUAUUAAUUACUAAACUGAAACAUACAUAAGCCUGCUGCUCACUAUGUACUUAUAAAAUGCAUAUUAAAGUCUAUCACAGG